AUGGCGCAGGCGCCGCCUGCUUAUAUCAACAUUCCCCAGCCGGGCUCGAAUCCAGAUACCCCGUCUGAAAUGCCCGGCACGCCAACCAGCACCACGACUUCCCUCUCCGCGCUCUCGACAACCGCCAUCAAGGAUGGCCAUCGUGGCCAUCUACCCGGUGGCCCGCUCGGCCGCGGCCACCAGCACACACCCUCCACCACCAGCCUCGAAGCCGAACGAGCCGAUCGCAUCUCCCGCCUCGCCGGCCUCGAGCGCGUGUCGACACUACGCGCGCCGCCCUCUCAGCAUAUACCAAUCAGCGGAGCAGGAGGCGGCGUUGCGGGCGGCGGAGACUCGUCACUGUCGCCUCAGACGACGCCGACUUCGACCACGGGCUUCCCUGCCAACUUUCCGGCGUCGCAGAACCUCACGGCAUCGUAUUUCGACGCCAACGGCCAGCCCGUCGCUGUGACCAAGAUGAGCACUGUCGGCACGGCCAGUGCCACGGAGAGCAGCCGCCAUGGCGAAGAAGGCAUGAGUGGCUCCCGACAAACGGCCGGUGACCGCGACGAGGACAUGUUCAGCAACGCAGACACCAACUACCGCGAGACGGCCGACUCUGUCGCGAGCAUGGCGGCGGAGCCCGAGGACAUGGACGAGGACAUGGAAGAUGAAGGAGCCGCCACCCGCUCUGUCGGCGGCUACGAGGACCGGAUGAGCGACGAUGGCUCGGCUUCGCUGGUCGGCUUCGGCGAAGGCGCCAACAGUACAGUGUCGGGUCCCAUUUACCACCGAAGGCCGGCGCCGGGUCCGUCUGCCCAAGCCCAGCAGCAGGCGCCCUGGUCCGUGGAGCGUACCGUAUCAGGCCUGAGCGACAUUCGCCGUGACCGCGAUCUCUCGUUGACCCCUGGCGCAGGCAGCGAUGUGCCUGCGAGCGCCGCCGCGCUGCAGGAGCGCCGCGAAGCGCGCAUGAUUGACGGUGUCGCCGCCGAUGCAGGCUAUCCCGGUCCCGAGUACGAGCCCUACGUAGAUACCACGUUUCGAGGCCCCGUGCCCGUCAACCUCACAGGCUCCAGACAACAGCAGCAGCAGCCGCGCGAGGUUGCAGAGCAGAUCGUGCAACGUCUCAGCGGCAGCGAUGCCCGCUCCGGGGUGCCAUCGUUGAGCCAGCCUGGACAAGGAGGCGAGCCGCUGGGACAGUUCUCGUUCGAGGUCGAUAGAGAUGGAAGGCGCGAUUGA